GUUACAUCGAUGUUCCCCGGAUCGUCCGACCAAUUUUAACGGCGGAGCUUUUAACGGACAUUCAAUAUUCUUGUGACGUUCCCUAAUGGUCCAGUCGCGUGUGUCGACAUGUUUUCAACCUUUCCCAUUUGCUGCCUCGCGAUAUACCUCCUCAUCGUUCGCAUUUGUCGAUAUCGACGUGUCAAUAGAACUUCAGAAAAAUAUGCUGGCCUUGAUCUCGACACGAUAACGCCUCAAAACGUCCAGCAAAUCGUGCACGAUUCCUCAUUCUACGACGCGCCAAUGACCAUGUUAUUGGGAACUCAAGCUGCGUUGUUCAAAGUUUUCGUAGUGCCCACUAUUGCCUCGUUAUUACUGAAAACCGGCGAGUUGACAGACGGGGUACGAUUGAAUAAACGUAUCGCAGAUGCUUCCACGUUGAUUACGACCUUCAUCUCGAAUCCCUCACCGCCGCGCUCAAGCACUGACGACCACUCUGAUCCACGAGCCGCGAUCGCUAUCGCUCGUGUCAACUAUCUGCAUGGAAAGUAUUCAAUUCGAAACGAAGAUCUACUAUAUAAUCUGGCCUUGUUUAUAAUGGAACCUGUGAGGUACACAGCCCGUUUUAACUGGCGGCCUCAUACCUCACUCGAGAAAAAGGCUAUAUUCAUCUUGUGGACCGACAUAGGUCGGCGAAUGGGCAUCGAGGAGAAUAUAACUCCCUCUGAAUCCGCUUAUCAGCUGUCGCACAUCACCAUCGAACGUUUGUUAGUCGAAGUCCCGUCAUUCCUUGGACUAAAAUAUCUGGCAUACAACGUCUUUCUUACUCUAUUGGACGACAGGACACGCAAUGCCAUGAGACUUCCGGCUCCAAACCGUACGAUUUCGCUAACAACAUGCGCUCUAUUUCGUAUCCGAGCAUGGACCGUUCAUCAUCUUUGUCUUCCUAGACUCAACCCGGCGCUCUGGGUCCAGAUGAAUCCGAAUCCCAUCUGCCCCAGUGCCGAUGGGAUCCCUCGAAUGCACGCAUUCUAUCCGGGGCCGUACUACUUCCCUGAGCCAACAGGAUACUUUGCGGUGAAAUUUCAGCAACUUUUGCUCGCUGUUGGCCUUAAGCAUCCAGACAACAUACCAGGAAAGAAGUGGAGGAGCGAAGGUUAUCGGUUGGAAGAGUUGGGCCCUGGGCGGUAUGAGAAUGAGGGGCAUGAGCAAGUUCUGGCUGCGGCUUCUCAGAUGCAGGGCUGUCCUAUCACUGGGCCGUGGUCGCUGGAAGCACGAAAAGGAAGAGAGAAAGUGAAUUAGAUGAUAUAUAUGCAUUCCCAUCCGUUGUUCCACGCCUUUGUAUUAUACAGCUUGGAUUAUAGUCAAUGUUUAUUCGUGAAAUCGUCUUCCUAGGCGUCAGCUC